UCUGAAGAGAGAAUGUUCCAGACUAAAGCUGAGGUCCUGACAACCUCCUUCCUGGCCUUCCUGCUGAGCCUCUCGGGAUCUGGGGCCAUCAAGGUCAGAAGGAUGGCGGAACACAUAGCAGUGUAUAACAUAUUUGUACAGACACAACAUGCAUCCAGUGAAUGCAUGUACACGUUUGAUGGCGAUGAGCAGUUCUAUGUGGAUCUUGACAGGGAGGAGAAGGUCUGGGACCUGCCGGGGUUCAGCAAGGUGUAUGCAUUUGACGCCCAGGAAGCUUUGCCCUACAUUGUCAGCCUGAAGAACAAUCUGCGAGCCUUGAUCCAGAGAUACAACGUCACCCAGGCCCCCAGCGAGCCUCCCGAGGUGACCAUGUUCCCCAAGAACCUGGUAGAGCUGAGCCAGCCCAACAUCCUCAUCUGCCACAUCAACAGGCUCUUCCCCCCAGUGCUGAAUGUCACAUGGCUGCAUAACAGGCAGCUGGUCACUGAGGGAACUUCUGAGACGGUCUUUCUGCCCAGCAUGGAACUCAGAUUUCACAAGUUCCAUUACCUUACCUUCAUACCCAAGGCGCAGGAUGUGUAUGACUACAGAGUGGAGCACUGGGGCCAGGGCCAGCCGAGUCUUGGUCACUGGGAAAUGCAGGAGCCAGUCCAAGUAUCUGAGACAAUGGAGACUGCGGUCUGUGCCCUGGGCCUGGUGGUGGGCUUGGUGGGCAUCGUGGUUGGCAGUGUGCUCAUCCUAAGGACUCCGCAUGGCAGCCAUAGCCCCUGCACCCAGGAACCCCUAUGA